CAUCACACACAAACAAAAGUCAGAGUAACUCUUGCUUGCACUUGUUCUUUGUCAUGUCUGGUUCAGUCUCUGGUAACACAGAAGCUCAGAGCUCUAGCUAUCCAAGCAGCAAGCGCGGUGGCUGGAUCACUUUUCCGUUCAUCAUACUACGAUGUUAGGUAUGCCCGUGACUUCUUUCGGAUGGUCCGUGAACUUGAUCGUCUACCUAAUCGAGGAAUUCAACAUUAAGAGCAUCGCUGCUGCUCAGAUUACAAACAUUGUCAAUGGAUGCCUCAGCAUGUUACCUGUUGUUGCAGCCAUUCUAGCUAAUUCCUUCUUUGGAAACACUCCUGUCAUCUCGGUGUCUGCUUUAAUUUCUCUGCUCGGCAUCGUUCUCUUGACCCUAAUCUCGUUUUUCGACAAUUUAAGACCUAGACCUUGUGAAACGGGCUCAAUCUUAUGCAACUCGCCAUCGAAACUCCAGUUUGGGAUCUUGUGUGCAGCUUUAGCUCUAGUAACCACUGGAUCAGCUGGAACACGUGUGACUUUGGCAUCCGCAGGUGCAAACCAAUAUGAGAAACGUAAAGAUCAAGGAAGCUUCUUCAACUGGUAUGUCCUUACUGUGAAUAUAGGAGCGAUCAUUAGCGCGACAGCGAUUGUGUAUACACAGGACAAUGUUAGCUGGAAGCUCGGGUUCGGUCUCUGUGCCGCUGCUAAUCUGAUCAGUGCCAUUGUUUUCAUCUCCGGGAAGAGAUUCUACAAGCAUGAAAAACCCAUGGGAAGUCCCUUCACAAGCCUUUUAUGUGUUUUAGUCGCUUCUAUGGUGAAAAGAAAGGCUGUGAUUUCAUCCAAAGAAGAAGACUAUCACAACCGUGGGAUUGGAAAAGAGGCCAAGCCUUCUGUUUCAAUGCCCUCCAAGAGCUUCAGGUUCUUGAACCGUGCAGCGUUGAAGACUGAAGGGGACAAGAAACCAGAUGUAGAUUCAAUAAAGAACAUAUGGAGUCUGUGCUCUGUUCAAGAAGUAGAAGAUUGCAAAUCCGUUCUCCAACUUCUUCCUCUGUCGCUAGCCAUCAUCUUCGUUACUACUCCCAUUGUGACGCAAUCAAGCUUUAUGGUACUCCAAGCUCUAGUCACAGACCGUGGGCUCGGCCCUCACUUCAAAGUCCCGGCUGCAUCUGUCCAAGUGAUAUCAAUCAUCUCCUCAUGCAUCUUUAUCAUAAUGAACAACUGGAUUGUCUAUCCCUUGUACCACAAGCUAACCCAUAAGCCGCUCACACCGCUUCAAAAAGUCGGUAUAGGCCAUGUUUUCAUCGUCGUAAGCAUGGCGGUCUCCGCGGUUGUUGAAGCAAAAAGGCUGAGAACAGUUGAAAAUGAAGAUCACAUGUCAGUGCUAUGGCUGUUUCUUCCUCUUGUGGUUGUAGGAAUAGGCGAGGCCUUCCAAUCACCGGCAAAUACUGAUUUCUUCUAUGGAGAAUUCCCCGAGUCUCUGAGAAACACGGCGACUUCAUUGAUCUCACUGGUGUUUGGAAUCUCUUUCUAUCUGAGCACUGCUCUGAUCGAUCUGAUCCAGAGGACCACCAAGUGGUUACCAGAUGACAUUAACCAUGGAAGAGUUGACAAUGUUUACUGGGUUUUAGUCAUUGUAGGAGUCUUGAACUUCGGUUAUUUUCUUGCCUGCUCUUGGCUUUACAGAUACAGAAACCUCCAAGGUGAUAAUGAACAAGAUCCUAAAGAUAUUAUAACUUGAGACAAACAACAUCUUUGCUUCAGUUUUCAAUUAACUUCUGUGUUUGUGUUUGCAAUUUUUACCAUGUUAUGUGUGUUUUUCUCUAAUAAAACUGAUGUCUUAUAUUUUUAUCAUGUUUAGUAUCCCUGAAUGUAACAGAGUAAUCAGCUGCUUCCUAUUAAAAUUCUU